CUUAUUAUUACUUCUAUUAUUCCCUUUUAUCAAUAACUUUCUCCUGUCUAGUCCUAUCUCGCUUAAUUGUCUCGUCCCGUUGAGCCCUUACUGCCUCCUAAUCACGACAUCGACGUGGCGCCCUGCCAGAAACCUUGAUCGUCCCUGAAUUACCGGCCUGUUUGUCAGAAAUUUCUCUUCUUCACUCAGGCUAUUUCGUCCGCCAUGCAACUGUGCUUCUAGCUGCCUCGUUUAGUGGCCUCGCCCGUAUAACAAAUACCAAGGGGGAAAAGUCUAUACACGAAACAUCCUCCCACUCCCGCCUGGAUCAACGCCAGCACACCAGGCGUAUAUCUAACCACUCCGUAUAUAUAAAUACCUGUCCAGCUGGAAUCCGUGCUGGCUUUUGAAUCUCCCUUAUUUCCUUGAUCUUAUAUAUAUAUUAUAUAUAUAUACAUAUAUCCAACUUUUACCGUCUUUCCUGCCGCCUCUCAACUAUGCCUGGUGAGACGGCCACCAAGGUCGGUCAUGGACUGGCCAAGGUGCUGCGUCUGCAGCUUAACUACCGGGACCCCCUGGGAGCGAAUGAUGACCCUGUCACUCGAGGCGAGUCGACUUUCACUUCAGGCACUACCGACACCUAUGCCUACCUCGAAGAGGAGCCAACUUCGUGGGAAUGGAUCAAGGAGAAUAUGCCCACCCUCCAUGAUAUUGGGCUCUACUUCUACCGUCUCUUCCCCUUUCUAUCAUGGAUCACCCGUUACAACUUGCAGUGGCUCAUGGGAGACAUGAUCGCAGGUAUCACAGUCGGAGCCGUUGUUGUCCCUCAGGGAAUGGCUUAUGCGAAGCUGGCCAACAUGAAGCCGGAGUACGGCCUAUACACUUCCUUCAUGGGCGUUCUAAUCUACUGGGUUUUUGCAACCUCCAAAGAUAUCACCAUUGGACCUGUCGCAGUCAUGUCGACUCUCGUGGGGGAUAUUGUCAAGAGGACCCAACAGAAGCAUCCCGAAAUUCAAGCUGAGGAGCUUGGCCGAUGUCUCUCCAUCAUAGUCGGUGCGAUUGUUGCGGGCCUUGGCUUUUUCAGGUUAGGGUUCAUCGUGGAUUUUAUCCCGCUUCCAGCCAUCUCUGCGUUCAUGACCGGUUCAGCCGUCAAUAUCAUUUCCGGCCAGUUGAAGACCGUCCUCGAAGAGAAGGAUAAGUUCAACAAUAAGGGUGACACUUACAUGGUUAUCAUCGAGUCCCUGAAACACCUACCUAGCACGAGCAUCGGCGCCGCCAUGGGCCUCACAGCAUUAGCCAUGUUGUACAUCAUUCGCAGUGCUUGCACCUACGGUGCAAAGAGGUGGCCUCAACAUUCAAAGAUCUUCUUUUUCGCAUCCACCAUGCGCACCGUUUUUGUUAUUCUCUUCUACACGAUGAUCAGCGCUGCAGUUAACCUGCAUCGAAAGGACCACCCCAGGUUCUCUAUCCUUGGUCAUGUCCCUCGAGGCUUUCAGCAUGCUGGCGCCCCUACAGUGAACAAAGAACUCAUUCAGAAAUUUGCUACCGAACUCCCGGCUUCGGUGAUUGUGCUUCUGAUUGAACACAUCGCCAUUUCCAAGUCCUUCGGUCGUGUCAACAACUACACCAUUGAUCCUUCUCAAGAGCUUGUCGCCAUCGGAGUUACAAACCUUCUAGGGCCGUUCCUUGGUGCCUACCCGGCCACCGGCUCAUUUUCCAGAACUGCAAUUAAAUCCAAGGCUGGUGUUCGGACCCCACUGGCUGGCUGUAUCACUGCCAUCGUCGUGCUUCUGGCCAUCUAUGCGCUACCUGCCGUCUUCUUCUACAUUCCUCAAGCGUCCCUGGCUGGUGUCAUUAUCCACGCUGUCGGUGAUCUGAUUACGCCACCAAAUGUGGUCUACCAGUUCUGGAGGGUGUCGCCGUUGGAUGUACUUAUCUUUUUUAUCGGAGUUAUCGUGACUGUUUUCUCGUCAAUCGAGAAUGGUGUUUACUGCACUAUCUGUGUCUCCGCAGCCCUUCUUCUCUUCCGUGUCGCAAAGGCGCGUGGCAAUUUCCUUGGGCGGGUCCGGAUCCAUUCGGUGAUAGGCGACCAUCUGCUUGACAACGAUGGGAAAUAUGGCACAUUCGGCUCCGACAAGAAACCUUUGCCAGGAGACAGCAAAGUUGAAGAAGGGGAUGGCAAGGACGGCGGGACCGUCCGGACGAUCUUCCUGCCCCUCAACCAUGCUGAUGGUUCUAACCCUGAUAUUGAACCGGAACAGCCCUAUCCGGGCAUAUUCAUCUACCGAUUCUCGGAAGGACUUAACUACCCCAACGCCAAUCACUAUACUGACCACCUUGUCGAAAGCAUUUUCAAACGAACACGUCGAACGAACCCCUUUUCCUACGAGAAACCUGGAGAUCGACCAUGGAACGACCCGGGUCCGCGCCGGGGCAAGGCACCGGAAGUCGACACACAUCUCCCGACCUUGAAGGCUAUCAUCCUUGACUUGUCCUCCGUCAACAACGUUGAUGUGACAGCUGUCCAGACUCUCAUCGACGUCCGCAACCAACUCGACCGCUACGCAUCACCAGACACCGUACAGUGGCACUUUGCCCACAUCAACAACCGCUGGACCAAGAGAGCCCUUGCUGCUGCAGGCUUCGGCUACCCAACCUUCCCUUCAGGUGAAGGUUUCAAGAGAUGGAAACCAAUCUUCAGCGUGGCUGAAAUCGGAGGAAGCGCCUCUGCUGCCGCUCACGCUGAACACCAAGAACAAGAACGACACCGUCUCCAGAAGGGGAGCGAGGGUAUCGAUAUCGAGGCCGGCCCCGAUUCCAAGUCUCAGUCGAAUGAUGACACAGUCAAAGCUCCCGUGGAAGAAAUUUCACCAUACAAUGGGAGCGAUAGCAGCCGGGACGGCAGCGGUAUCGAGGAGCAUCCCCAGAAGUUGCAUGAUGAACUUGCUGGUAGCAUCGCGUACCAGGCUCGCCGUAAAGCGGCCGUGGUGCAGGGCAUCAAUCGGCCGUUCUUUCAUAUCGAUCUUACCAGUGCUCUGCAGAGUGCUAUUGCCAACAUGGAAGAAAUCUCCAGUGUUUUCCCACCGGAAACCGGAUUUACUAAAUGA